AUGCCACACGCUGAGAAGGACGGCUCCGUCUACACCAACGGCAACAUGAGCGCAACCCCCACCACCACCAAUGGAACUCCCUUGACCAACGGCGAGAAGCCAUCCUCAAAAGUCCUAUCACAUCUCCAAUCCUACCCCGUCGUCCACGACUCCCUCGAAUACUACCGUGCCCACCCCUACGGCGCCAAAUCCCUCACCAUCUUCCACAAGACCUACGCCCAAUUCGUCGCCCCGCUCCACCCGUACCUCCAGACCCCCUACUCCUACCUGCACCCGUACCUCUCCCGCGCCGACGAGCUCGGAGACUCCGGCCUCACGAACCUCGACACGCAGUUCCCGAUCGUCAAGGAGGAGACCUCCACCCUGAAGGAGAAGGUCAAGUCCGUCGUCGGGGUUCCCCUCAGCCUCGUCGGAAAGGGAAAGCAGUACGUCUUCAGCACCUGGGAGGACGAGUACAAGAAGACGGGCGGCCAGGACGGCUGGGGAAAGACGGCCAAGGCCAUCGUCAGCACCGAGCUCAAGGUCGCUCAUGACGGCCUCAGCGUCGUGAAGAACUGGUGGGCGAAGGGAGAGGAGACGGUCGCGAAGAAGGUCGACGAGGUCAAGGCGAGGCAGUAG